AUGGUGGCGAGGCGGCCAUUCCAAUUUCCUGGCAAAGCGGUGGCCGCGCUUCCUUCCUCAGUCCUCACUCGGCCCCUUCUGGCUUUCCAGCUUCGCCAAAUCUAUCCGAUCUGCGCAGCGAUCUCCCCGGCCUGCGCACGAGGUGCUUGUGAGCAUGUAUCUGCUAGGCAACAGAACUGGAAAGAAGAAAGUGAAAUAUUGUAUCAAUUAAUUCAAGGAAGUAAUGGUAGCGGUUCAUCUAGAACUCAUUCGACUCCAAGUUGUAGCUAUGGCCAUGAUCGGACAUCAAAUGAACAAAAAUCAUCCGGGGAUGUAAACUAUGAGUUGCAACUAGCAGUUGAUGAAGCUUUAGCUAGAGAGUUGCAAGAAAUGGAGGGCAAACUAGCCAACACUUCACUUAAUGACGAUAAUGGAAGAAAGCCAACAUCAUCUUCAGCGUUUGAUAGAGGCAAUAAUUCUGCAAGUAGACCUCCUCAGGUAGUGGAGGAGGAUGGGAUUGAUCCAGAUAAUAUGACUUAUGAGGAACUGCAACAGUUAGGGGAAGCCAUUGGAACCGAAAGCAAAGGGCUGCCUGAAAGUGUCAUAGCACUCUUGCCAACUUCAACUUACAAAAUUGGAAUAUUCUCAAGAAAGGAAAAACAUGAUGAAUGUGUGAUCUGCUGUAUGGCAUACAAGAACCGAGAUAGGCUUACUAAAUUGCCCUGUGGACAUCAGUACCAUCAAGCUUGUGUCGCUAAAUGGUUACAGAUCAAUAAGGAUGAGUGCAGAUUUGGUGGCCUCGUUAGCUAA